AUGUCAGAUUUGUUGAACCUCGAAAAACAAUUGCGCUUUGCCACGAAUACAGGUACUUUGAUACCUACACCUGAAUGGACCACUGUCCCUUACCUCGACCUUAAUUUGGGCACCAUCCUCUGCCUCAUAUAUGCCGCUCUAUACAUACUGCUCGAGCCUGUCGCUGGCACAGGCUUGUCGGUCCUCCUAGUGGUUGCUACAGCAGGAGGCAAAUACCUCGUCGAGGAGUAUGGCAUGGUCGCAACUAAGUGGGCCAUAGGACUGCAUAUCUUCUCGUGGGUUGCGCAGUUUGUGGGCCACGGCAAAUUUGAAGGACGAGCUCCUGCUUUGUUGGACAACAUCUUCCAAGCAUUCUUCCUCGCACCACUUUUCGUGUGGCUAGAGACUCUUUUUGCCUGCGGCUACAGACCGGAACUGCAAUCACGCAUUAACAAAAUGGUUGAACAGGAUGUGACCAAGUUUCGUGCUGAUCGUGAUGCUAAGAAACUACAAAACGGUGGUGCAAAUGGUCAUGCAAAGAGCUCGUAA